AUGGAGAAUGGUGAAAAAGCUCCUUCAAAGGCACCGUACAAUGUUCAGCUUCACACGGUGGAUGCAACCUCUUUAAAAGCCUCAUGGCAAGAUGUGCGUUUGAUUCACCAAAAUGGCAUUAUUCUGGGUUACCGUGUUCGCUUUCACCAUGCAGAUGGCGGUCUGCUAUUGUGGAACAUGACCGUUGGACCAGACGUCCAUGAUUUCCCUUUCUCUAAUCUUUCGAUCUUCCAGAAUUAUUCGGUACAGAUGCGGACUUACACCAGUAAAGGUUAUGGGCCGUGGAGUAACAAAGUAUAUCAGUUGACGGAUGAAUCAACCCCUAUAAAUUCUCCUGUCAAUCUGACAGCUUACAAUGUCAGCUCACGGGAAAUUAAAGUUCUUUGGAACUACGAUGAUAACCCUCGACUGGUUCUUGGCCACCUCCAAGGUUUCACACUUCAUUUUCUGGAGGCCAAUGCAAGCGAUGUUUUCCCGGAAGAUGCAAACUUAAAAACGUUUGAAACUCGUAACAGAACUCUGCGAAAUAAGAUCGCCGAAGAGUUGGAAAUAUACCGUCUAUACAAUAUCACUAUAGCAGCUCGGACAGCCAAGAGUACAGGUCCCCCAAGCGAGUCAUUUAUGGUCCGAACUUAUGGUGAAGGUCAGUCAAGUGAACUCAAAGUUUUUAGCGCUCUUAGUUGGACACUUGAUUAA